AUGGGCAACAAAGUCUCCGCAGUCCGCGGCGUAAAAUCAGACCAUUUCUACGACCAAGGCAACGCCAUCAACGAGAUCUGGGUCGGAGACGUAGAGAUCAUAUCCCGUCUCCCCUUCGGCGAUUCCGACCUCGAGCAAGCUGGCUGGCCAAUAGGCGGCUUCCCCAAGAUCCCCUGGCGUCACUUCAUCAUUCCCAUGCACAAGCGAGACGAAGUCGCCAACCCCAACAUGACUAUCGAGCAUAUCGCGAUGAAGACGAACGAUACCUUGUAUACUUGCCGUGACACGGUGCCAGAACAUGGAUACCUCGGAAUGUUCACUGGCAUCUCACCUGAAUUAGCGGGUAACAUUGGGUUCGUUCUGCUUGGUGCUGCUAUCGGGCUGUUCAUGGGUUACACCUCCAUAUCAAGGGACGCUUUCCGCAAUUGGUGGAUGCUUAGGAAGACGGCGGCCUCUCAACCUGACCCGGUGAGGUUUCGACGCAAUAUUUCGCGCCACCUUUGGAUUGGUAUUGGGCUAGGGUACAUUGCUCUUAGCCUGUCUGUUGUUUGCCUUCUUCUGGCGCUGCCUGCUAUUGCGGCUUGCUGGAGAGGUGUGGAUGCUUCCACGCUUGUUUUCUUGUACGGAAAGGUGAUCAGUAGUUACGUCUUGGUUUUUGCCUUCGUCCUUCAACCUUUGGUCUUACUGUGGCUUGGGCGACGUGGGGCCAAGAGGUAUCCCUUGGAAGAAAUAGUUGAGGUCACAUCCCUUCCGUGA